CCCAACUCCUACCUACUGCGUUAUGAACUUCAGUUAACUUGCUUCAGGUCACCAAAAUGCGUCUAUCGGCCGAAGAAGGUUGGCAAUGUUUGUUUGGUGGCACGGACUGCCAGUGGUAUACUCGGCGAGUCGGCUUUUUUUUUGCCUACGCCUACACUGUGACGGACCCCACUCCCCACUACUGAGCCACUGUAGGGCCUAUAUUCCACGGUCAAUCCUGGUCGACCGGGGAACCACAUAGAUAGGUAGCAACUCUAGAAUUAUUCGGUCGCCUCAAACCCAUGUCUUCUCGAACCGACUCGAGCAUUGGUAUCUGGGAAGCUCACACCCAUUUGAGCUCAUUGCGCUAUCUAUCGCGUCUCGAUGACGGCAUGCCAUCAGGACAACCCCAGAAAAUAAUCAAUUCUGAGUUCCUUCCAACCAUAUAAAGCUUUCCACUCUCCGCUCUCACACCACCAAGAGGAGUUACCCUAACGAUGUCAGUCGCUACACUUCAGGCCUUUGGAGAGCAGCUACCUCUCGACAACACAAUCGGUGCGAUGUUAAUUGGCGUUAUAACAAGUGCCGUCUUGUAUGGUGUCUCAUUGGGACAGACAUUAUACUAUUUCAAUCGAUACCCUAAGGAUCCUUGGUACCUAAAAUGGCUGGUCGGCUCUACAUUAUUUUUCGAUACCCUCCAUCUUGCCUUGAUCUCGCACUCUGUGUAUCACUACACGAUCAUAGAAUACUACAAUCACCACGCUUUGGAAAAUGUAGUUUGGUCCGUGCUGGCGGAGCUAAUCCCCAAUGGACUCACUGCAACGUUUGUGCAACUAUUCUAUGUCAGCCGGGUCUUCCGCCUCAGCAAAAAGAAUUACUGGUUAACGGGUAUCAUCCUGGUGCUUGUGUUAGCCUAUGCUGCCGGAGGCGUUGGUAAGUUUCUCUUCCCGUCACUGUAUGUCAUACUCAGAACUCUUUUACGCCUACGUUCACAGCCUGGGCCGUCAUAACUUUACAAAUGAAAACGUUUUCCGACGUAUUAAGAAUCACCCCACUCACGAUCGCUCUCAACGUUAUAACAGUGGUCGCGGACCUUCUCAUCGCCGGCGUACUUUGUUAUAUUCUCGCCCGCUCUAGGACUGGGUUCCGCCGAACAGACAGUUUGAUCAACAAACUGAUUGCCUUCACAGCUAAUACUGGACUG